AUGACAACAAAUUUAUUGACAGGGGCUGUAUUCGGCACUGGUCUCACCCUCUCGGGCGUCGCAAACCCACAAGUCAUCAGGGAUCAGUUCAGCCUCUCCGACUUCCACAUGCUCGCCACAUUUCUCACCGCAUCCGCCACGAGUGCUGUCGUCUUUGCAACCUACAACAACAACAACAACAACAAAUCCUCCGCAAACAAAAUACCUACCAAACUACCAUCCAAUCAUGGUUGGCUCGGGUCCUAUGACGGUAACAUCAUCGGCGGAGCUAUACUCGGUCUGGGGAUAAGCUUAACCGGUGCAUGUCCUGGAACUGUCCUCGUCCAAGCCACAGUUGGUAUCGGACACAGCCGGCUGCUCGCCUGCACUUCUCUCCUUGCAGGGAUCGCUUGGGUGAAGAUCAGGCCGUUGGUGUCCAAGCCACAGCCACCGACGAGCCGCGCCGAGAAUAACAAUGUCAUGUUUAUUACCGGAUGGUCGGCGAACAAAGUUCUUGUCGCGUACGAGAUAACCAUGCUUGGUAUCCUGGCGACAAUAUUGGCUGCAGCGCCGCGUAGUGAGACAAUGUUGCAUCCGAUUGUCGGCGGUCUUCUCAUCGGCGUUGGACAGCUAUUUUCUGUCAUUUUUACCAACAAGCCAGUUGGUGUAAGCGGGGCCUACGGAGAGUUUGGAAAUAUGUUUUGGGAUCUUGUUGGUGGAAAGACGAUCGAGUCAAUCCCCGAGAAUAUUUUAUUCGCCGGUGGAGUUGUGGCGGGGUCUUGGUUAACCAUUGCUCAAGUCCCUGCUAUUCGGGAGGCAAUGGUUAGCAGCCCGGAGCAAUCUUUGCCGGGUCUAAUCAUUGGAGGAGUUCUUUUGACAUUUGGUGCGCGUAUUGCUGGUGGAUGCACAAGUGGUCAUGGAAUCAGCGGCAUGGCGACUAUGGGAGUGAGUUCGUUUAUUACCAUCGCAUCCAUGUUUGGCGCCGGUGUGCUAUUCAGAGUUUUUCUCCCAUGA